AUGGGGAGGGCUCCGUGCUGCGAGAAGAUGGGGCUCAAGAAGGGGCCAUGGACGCCCGAGGAGGACAAGAUCCUGGUCGCCCACAUCCAGAGCUUCGGCCACAACAACUGGCGCGCGCUGCCCAAGCAAGCCGGGCUGCUGCGGUGCGGCAAGAGCUGCCGGCUCCGGUGGAUCAACUACCUGCGCCCGGACAUCAAGCGCGGCAACUUCAGCAAGGAGGAGGAGGACGUCAUCAUCAGCCUCCACGAGCAGCUCGGCAACAGGUGGUCCGCGAUCGCCGCCAGGCUGCCCGGGCGGACGGACAACGAGAUCAAGAACGUCUGGCACACGCACCUCAAGAAGCGGCUGGAUCCCACCAACAAGCCGGAGCAGCACGGGGCGCAGGCAGCUGGCGCCGGCAAGAAGCACAGGCCCAAGCGCGGGGGCGCCAAGAAGGCGACGGUCCCGGCCACCGCCGCGCCGGUGUCGCCUGAGCGGUCGGCGGCCUCGUCGUCGGUGACCGAGUCGUCGUCGUCCAUGACGGAGCAGGAGCAGGGCAACACGGGGAGCUCGCCCGGGUUCCCCAAGGAGGAGAGCUUCACCUCCUCCGCCUCGGACGCCGAGGAGUUCCAGUUCGACGACACCUUCUGGUCCGAGACGCUGUCGAUGCCGCUCGAGAGCUUCGACGUCCCCAUGGAGCCCUCCGACGCGUUGGGCGCGUCGUCGGUUGGCGCCGACGGCGACUUGGACUACUGGCUCAGAGUGUUCAUGGAGUCCGGCGACGUGCACCAAGAAUUGCCGCAGCUUUAG